AUGGCGGAGGCUGUAGUUCAUGGAGUGGAAGUGCGAUGCGUGCCGGAAAAUAAGACGCUUCCGUCGCUGCUGGCGUCGUCGGAGCCUGGCGUGAACGAGCAGCAGCUGGGCUUGCGGUGCCGCUUCAAGAGCAGCACCGGCGAGACGGAGGAGUACCCGGCUACCAUGAAGAAAGCGGGAAGUGGCGCGACGCAUUUCAGCUGCUGCUGCCCGUCCGAGGCCGUUCCGCGGACGGACUCGGCGCGCGCGAUGCUGGUUUGGGGCGCGGAGGGCGAGGAGGAGGUGGCGUGCCGCGUGGUGGAGGCGCUGGAGGAGAAGAAUGCGCCCGCCGUCAAGGAGCUCUCCGCCGCCGCCGUGUUUCAAAGCAUGUCGCUGCUCGAUCGCUACCUGGCCGUGUGGAUCCUGCUCGCCAUGAUUAUCGGCGUGCUGCUCGGCUACUAUGUGCCGGCCAUCCGCGACGCCUGGGAGACCGUGUCUGUCGCCAACGUGUCGCUCCCCAUCGCCAUUGGCCUCUGGUGGAUGAUGUACCCCGUGCUCUGCAAGGUAGGGUUAGUUACCCCAUGCUCUGCAAGGUUCGGUUCGAGCUGCUGCCGAAGCUGUCCCGAUCCUGGGGCCUGCGGUUCCACAUCGGCAUCUCCCCUGGCGGUCAACUGGGUGUUCGCUCCCCUGCUCAUGACAGGGCUGGCAUGGGCCACUCUCCCCGACCAGGCAGGGCUGCGAUCAGGCAUCAUUCUGGUGGGCAUUGCUCGCUGCAUCGCCAUGGUGCUCAUCUGGAACCACCUGGCGGGCGGCAACGCCGAGUUCUGUGCCAUCCUCGUGGCCGUCAACUCCAUUCUGCAGGUCCCUUCUCGCCCCCCCGUUCGCCUCUUCUCCUCCCCCAAUCCCUACACCAUCUGCUCAUCUUCUCCACUCUUAUUUCCCCCACAGGUGAUCCUCUACUCCCCGCUGGCCAUAUUCUACAUCGACGUGGUGUCUCACGGCGGCUCAGUGGACGUGUCCUUCUGGACCGUCGCCAAGAGCGUCCUCAUCUUCCUCGGAGUGCCGCUCGUCGCAGCUGUCAUCACGCGCUUCACGCUGCGCGCAUUGCUGGGAGCCAAGUGGUACGAUGACAAGUUCCUGCCGUGGUUCGGUCCCACGGCGCUCAUCGGGCUGCUCUUCACCAUCUUGUCAUGUUCUCGCUGCAAGGCCAAGAACAUCGGAAACAACAUUGGCAAGAUUAUCAUCCACUUGUCCCUUGCCCCCUCUCCAUUGCUUCCUUCCUUCAGAGUCGCUCGUGUGGCCGUGCCUCUCCUGAUCUACUUCGGAAUCGUCUUCUUCAGUGUUCUGGCCCUCUGCUGGCGCCUAGGGUUCGCCUACUGCGAUGCCGUCACUCAGUCAUUUACCGCAGGGAGCAACAAUUUUGAGCUUGCUAUUGCCGUCGCAGUGGCGUCCUACGGCAUUGGCUCGGAUGAGGCAUUAGCCGCGGUUGUCGGCCGCUGA